GCCGCCGGUCGCGCCGCCGACCGCUCUGUCCGCCGGGACGUCCGGCGGUGUAUAAAGCCCGCCGGCGGCGUCCGAGGCCGACUGUGUCCCGUGCGUCGGCGGUCCCAGUGGUGACCCGGCUCUGCAGAGGUCAGCGAGCUCAGGAUGACCUCCGAGAAGUCGCCCCACCCGGAGACCGGCCAGUCGGCCGCCGAGGACGCCAAUCACACCCCUCGCUUCGGCAUCCUGUUCUCAUGGCGGAUGGCGGUGACGCUGCUCUGUCUGCUGGGAGGCACCGCCUCCAUGCUCGGCAGGGUCGUCACCAGCUUCGCCGUGCUCUGUAUGGUGCGAGAGGAGGGUGCCGACAACGCCACCAGCCCCGUGGACGGAGGGGAGGUCACGGGUGAGUUUGCCUGGAGUAAGCAGUACCAGGGAGUGGUUCUGUCGGCCUAUUUCUACGGCUACGUCGCCGCGCUGGUCAUCGGCGGCUGGGUGGCCGACAGGUUCCCCAGUCACAAGGUGGCCAUCUGCAGCGCCGUGCUGCAGUGUGUGCCGAUGCUGCUCAUCCCUGAGGCCACCCGGGCCUACUCCUGGGCCAUAAUCGUCCUCCGAGUCCUGCAGGGCAUCGCAGCGUCGGCCUACUACCCGAGCUUCAACGUGAUCCUGCGCAACUGGUCUGCCAGCGGCGAGUGGACGCUGCUCUUCUCCAUCGCCUGGAGCGGCGGCUACCUGGGCAGCGCCAGCGCCUUCCUGGUCAGCAGUCGCCUGUGUCAGCUUCAGUGGGACGGCGGCUGGCCCACCGCCUUCUACUUCUCAGCUCUGGUGGUGGCCCUGUGGACGGUGCUGGCCUGCCUGUUUCUGACCGAGUCGCCCCAGGACCACCGGUUCGUGUCAGACGCCGAGAAAAAGUACCUGGCCUCCCAGCCGCACAUGCAGGCCACCAACAACACAAAGACACAGCCCGUUUCUCUGUGGACCUUGCUCAGCAACCUCCAAGUGUGGAUCAUCAUGCUCAGCUACUUCGUCACCAGCUGGUUCUUCGCCUCGCUGAACAUCACACUACCCAUGUUCAUGAAGGAGGGAUUCGACUUCGACAUAUCACAGAACGGAUUCGUCUCAGCCUUGCCCAGUAUCGCCAUGUGCAUAAUGAUGAUAGUCGGAGGGAACUUGUGUCACUACCUGCACGUCGAGAAAGGGAUCAGCACCACCAACACGAGAAAAAUCUCAGCGGCAGCUGGUCUGCUGAUUCCUGCCGCCUGUAUGGCUGUGGUCAUCAACCUGCCCGUGUCUCAGCGAGUUCUUGGGGUCAUUCUGAUAUCGCUGGCGCAGGGAAUGUCAAGCAUCGUCAUAGGGUCAGGUCCUGUGUCGGGGGCUGCCGACAUUGCGCCCCAGUACAUCGGUCUGAUCUGGGGGCUGGCCUCUUCCUUCGGAAACACCACUGGCUUUCUGUCUCCGCUCAUCGCCACGGCCAUGACGCCCAACGGAACGCUGCAGGAGUGGUGCUACUUCUUCAUCAUCUCGAUCGUGCUGAUGGUGCUGCUCUGUCUGCUGAUUCUGUGGAAGUGGGAGUCACAGGUUCAGCCGUUCGCCUGCGCGGAGAAGCUGGAGAGGCGCCAAAAGAGCUACCGGCACGCCGACACCAUCGUGGCCCUUGAGGAGGUCAACUGAGCAUCCCCGGAGCUUUGGAGUCUGAUUCGAUCGGAAAUACCCGAUUAAAUCCGGGAGUCGUCUUCGAACCAAGAAGACCGAUUCCAUGAUCAGAACUAGAAGACCCGAAACAUUCAGUCCCGAUCAUUUACAAUAAAACGGGAGUCCUAUCUAAACCAAUGGAGGAUCGAUGCGAUCAUUAUUGGUCAGAUCAGAUGACAGAGAUGAGUUUAAUUGAUGGUGAUGAAGAGUUGGAUCUAAUACCUAACGGUGUAAGUUGUGGUAAUAUAGACUAGGAUGAUGAUAUCCUCGGGAUGCGAGCGGUCCGGAAUGGCCCGACCAGCAUAAUAUACGGCUCUCACGAGUUUAAGCGGUAGGUUUUGCCUUUUUACAUUUCCGGCUAUAUAUCGGAAACUAAGCGAUAUACCUACGAUGAAGCCAUUUUAGAGGAUCAUAACAGGCAUGUACACGAAUAAAUCGAUCGCAUAUUCAACCCUUAGAAGCGUAAGACGAAGAAGAUAUAGCCGGACAUUUACUAAAAUUAAUAGGGGCAAAACCUACCGCUAAAACCCGUGAGACCUGUACAUACGUGAAAGGGCUGGCGGGGUGAAAUAAUUGUAACAUUGUUGAGUGAACAAAACGGCGGCUGUGGCUGGGUUUACUUACCAGUGACUUGUAUAGGACGUAGGUAUCCAUUGCAACUGCCAAUAGAGGUGAGAUAAAAUAGUAGGGACUACAUAAACCACAUGCUGGGUGUGCAAUGUGCAUUGUGCAAUAUGUAUUCUCGCUGUAAUUUUUAAACCGGUCGUGGGUUUGGCAAGGAAGAAUAAAUAUCAUUGGACGU